AUGAAUGAUCAACAGCAAAAACAACUAUUCGAUAAUAGCACGAAAUUAUAUUCUUUUAUCGUAUCACCAUUGUCGUCGCCUCUAUCACCAGUUCGCACACGUACCGUAAUUAAUGUUAUUUAUAUAUCAGGCAUUGUUUUUAUGAUAAUCGUUUUUCUUGUUCUACUCUGGAUUAAUUUAUAUAGUCAACGGUGUUGGUGCUGGCACGAUACACUUCUUAUACAGAGAUUUAAUCGUGAAUGGAUAAUACGACGUUCAAAGACGAGAAAUACUGAUACGUCAUUAUCAAAACAUCAACAACAAGGAAGAUUAACUAAUGAUAAUGAACUUCUUUCUUAA